AUGACUCCAGCUUUGUUGAGAGUUAGAGCACCAUAUUUUGUUAGAAAUAUGAUUAGUUUGUUCGUGGUUUCUUCGAUCCCAAUAGGUGUUUAUUGGUACACAUUUAAUGUUUUGAGUAAAGAUGAAUUUAGUGAUAUUCCAAUUCCUCCAAUUGCUGAUGAUGAAUUAGCUAAGUUGAAGAAAGAAUAUGAAGACAAGAAAAAUUCGUCUUGA